AUGAGGAAAGCAUACGGAGCAAGAGUGGCCAACUUCAUCAAGGAAAACAUCAUCUAUAAGUUUGUCAUACCCAAAGUGAUAUUGUCUAAUAAUGGAACUCCCUUUGUAAAUUGCCAUGUGGGAAGGUUGUUGGACACCUACCAAAUCAAGCAUCACAAGUCUACUCCAUAUUAUCCUCAAGGGAAUCGACAAGCUGAGGCAACCAACAAAACCCUUAUCCGAAUACUGAGUAAAAUGAUGGAUGAAGCAGGGGGCACAUGGUUUGAACAACUCUCCAUAGCACUUUGGGCAUACAGAACAUCAAAGAGGAAGCCGACCCAAGCAACCUCAUUUUCCAUAGUGUAUGGAUCUGAGAUUGUGUUACCAGUACCCUCAGCAAGAAUGGCUAUAUCUGCACACUUAGUUCCAGUUACCAAGAGGAAUGACAUAGAGGCAGCCGAAGAAAGAAAAGAUCGGGCCUCGUGA